AUGGAACCAACAAACGAAGAUUUACAACAACAACAACAACAACAACAAGAAGAAGAAGAACAGCAAACAUCAACGGAAAAUACUCAACAAGAUAAACGAUCACGAGUAAAUGAUGAUAAUGAAGGUAAUGCUGACCAUGUAGACAAACUUCGAAAAAGUACACCAGCCGAAACAACUCCUACUGCUACACCACCACCUGCGAAACCAGAAUCUCGAAAACCACAAUAUGAUCUCAAGUACUCUCUAGUGGGACAUCGUAUGUCUGUAUCUUCAGUUAAAUUUUCUCCUGAUGGCAAAUGGCUUGCUAGUUGCUCCGCUGACAAAACAAUCAAGAUUUGGCAUGCGUUAGAUGGUAAAUAUGAAGCUACAUUGGAAGGACAUUCUCAGGGUAUAUCUGACGUCGCAUGGGCAUCAGAUUCUCAAAGUCUUUGUUCAGCAUCUGAUGAUCGAACUAUCCGUAUCUGGAGUCUAGGCACGAGAGAAACAGUCAAGGUAUUAAAAGGUCAUUCCAACUAUGUAUUUUGUGUCAAUUACAACCCGCAAUCCAACCUUAUCGUGUCUGGUUCAUUCGAUGAAAGUAUCAAGAUUUGGGAUGUCAAGAAAGGCAAAUGCAUGAAAACCUUACCUGCUCACUCUGAUCCGGUAUCGGCAGUGCAUUUCAACAGAGAUGGAACAAUGAUUGUUUCAUGCAGUCAUGAUGGUCUGAUUCGUAUCUGGGAUACUGCUAGCGGACAAUGUUUGAAAACCUUGGUGGAUGAUGACAAUCCUCCUGUAUCAUUUGUCAAAUUCUCUCCUAAUGGCAAAUAUAUUUUGGCAUCAACUUUGGACAAUACCCUUCGACUUUGGAACUAUCACACUGGGAAAUGCUUGAAAACUUACCGAGGACAUGAAAACAACAAGUAUUGUAUAUUCGCCAGCUUCAGUGUGACAGGUGGAAAAUGGAUUGUCAGUGGAAGUGAAGAUCAUAAUAUUUAUAUUUGGAAUUUACAAACAAAAGAAGUGGUACAAAAGUUGGAAGGUCAUUCUGAUGUUGUUCUUUGUAUUGCUUGUCAUCCUACCAUGAAUAUUAUUGCCUCAGGAUCUAUUGACAAGGACAAAUCUGUCAAGUUAUGGUUUGACAAAACACAACCAAAUAGUAUAGGAUGAACAUCCCCUUCAUACAUCAUCAUUAUCAUCACAACAACUCGUCAUUAUAUUUACCCUUUUUUUUUCUAGCUUUUUUU